AUGCUAGCGUCCUCGACUACGGCCGCUGUGGUGCUUGCGGUAUCGCAGCUCCUCUCCGGAGUGCAUGCUGAUGGCCCUACCUGUCCUCCUGGCGGCGAGGUGAGCUGCCACAACUCAGGCCCUGUUGAAGACACUUGCUGCUUCAACACUCCAGGCGGCCUCAUUCUUCUCACUCAGUUCUGGGAUGCAGACCCAGCUACUGGCCCUGAAGAUUCAUGGACCAUCCACGGUCUCUGGCCCGAUAACUGUGAUGGUACCUACGAGCAAUUCUGUGACAAGAGCCGUGAAUAUAGCAAUAUUACCGACAUUCUCAAGGCUCACGGCAAAGAUGACACUCUCGCGUACAUGAUGAAGUACUACAAGGACUACAAGGGUGAUGAUGAAUCCUUCUGGGAACACGAGUGGAACAAGCACGGCACCUGCAUGAGCACCUUCGAUACGCAAUGCUACAUGGAUUACAUGCCUCAGCAGGAAGUUAGCGACUACUUCGUCAAAAUUGUUGAAGUGUUCAAGGGAUUGAACACCUACAAGAUCCUCGCCGAUGCUGGCAUCACUCCAAGCAAUGAAAAGACCUACGCUCUCAGCGACAUGCAGAACGCUAUUAAGGCUGCUUUCGGCAUGGAGAUCACUCUCAACUGCAGAAAUGGUGCCCUUAACGAAGCCUGGUACUUCUAUAACGUCCGUGGAUCUGCCCAGAGCGGAGAGUAUAUCCCUACCCUGCCAGGUGGCACCCCAUCAACUUGCCCAAAGACUGGAAUUCGAUAUCUCCCUAAGAACAAUGGAGGUACUCAACCACCAACCACCACCUCUCCUGGCGGCCCUGCCCCCACUGGUAUCUUCUCUGGCAAGGGUUAUCUUACCGUAACUGCCAUGGGUGAGGAGGAUGGAUGUCUCAUCAGCACCGGAAAUUGGUACACCACCGGAACCUGUGCUACUUACCGCGCUGCUGCAUCCGGCUCUGGCUUCACCUUGACAUCUAGCAAGGGCGCCUGUGGUAUGGUUAACGAUCAGUUCAAGUGUGGCUAUAAUGUCACCCCUUCUGUCUUUGGAGCCUCCCAGGGAAAGCUUUCCGCAAGCGGCAAAACCACCUUCUAUGCCGACAAGAUCCCUACUGGUUCCACCCAGGUUCCAGUCUACACCGCUCCCCGUGCUAUCCCACUCACCGUUUCGUGGCAAGCAAUCUAG